ACGAGGCGUCAGGGAAGCAUGGCUUGUGGAGGCUACGAGGCUCACGUCAUGCCCUCUUCUACCCUUCUAUCCUCCUUGCCCUGCGAUCCGAUGACACGAUUGCGGAGAGAUUCUGGAAAAGCCACCUGCCGUAAACGUUCAGAGACUGACGGUAAGACAGACAGCGUUGGAUCGAAGACCUCUGGAGACAGGCCAAAUGUGGUCGAGCACGGCGGCUCCCCGGGCGAGUAUCGGAGAGCUUUCGAGGAUGCUUCGAAGCAGCAAGAUAUCCAGAAGUCCCAGUACUGGUUAACCAGGAUUGUAUUACUGAGGUCACUAGGACUUGUGUAUGCGAUUGCCUUCCUGGUUGCUCUCAACCAAAACAAGUAUUUGAUUGGAAGUAAGGGCCUCCUUCCUGCACAUCUGUUCUUGAGAGAGGUGAAACGGUAUGCAGGAGGUGUGAAUGCUCAAGCAGUCUUCCAGGUGCCAACAUUGCUAUGGUUCUUGGAACACAUGGGCACCGACUCUUUCCUCGAUGGCGUUGCAUCCCUGGGAUUCCUUCUGGCCUUGGGAGUGACGGUGACCGGUGCUGCCAAUGCUCUUGCAAUGUUCCUCUUGUGGGCUUUGUACCACUCCAUCGUGAAUAUUGGCCAGCAGUGGUAUUCCUUUGGUUGGGAGUCUCAGCUCUUGGAGACUGGCUUUCUGGCCAUUUUUUUCUGCCCCCUCGUGACCUGGAAGCAGCUUCCCCGCUGCACGCCACCACCCCGGGUUGUUGUCUGGGCAUACCGCUGGCUCCUCUUUCGCAUCAUGCUCGGCGCUGUGAGUGACAUCAUAAAUGGUCUGAUCAAAAUACGCGGCGACAAAUGCUGGAUGCAGUUGACAUGCAUGAACUACCAUUACGAGACUCAGCCAGUGCCUAGUCCAGUCAGCUACUGCCUCCACCAGUCUCCAGCAAUUAUACAUGCCAUGGAAGUCCUAGGAAAUCAUUUCAUCGAGUUGAUUGUUCCUUGGUUCCUCUUUUUCACAAGACCAUUUAGACUUGCGUGUGGAACUCUGCAGUUUUUGUUUCAGGUCAUUUUAAUCAUCAGCGGGAACCUAAGCUUUCUCAACUGGCUCACCAUCCUGCCCUCUAUUGCCUACUUCGACGACGCUGCCUUGAAGCGGCUGUUCAGCGAGAAAACCUCUCUAGCGGCUUCAGCACUGGCCAGCGACAGCUUUUCGGGAAAGCUGAAGUCAAGCAAGGCAAGGAGCAUUACCAAUCUGGCGCUUGGACUGUGCCUGGCUUUCUUGAGUGUGCCGGUUGUGGCGAAUCUUGUCUCGCCUCACCAGCGGAUGAACACUUCGUUCGAACCCCUUCGCUUGGUCAACACGUAUGGAGCAUUUGGAAGCAUCACAAAGAGAAGGACAGAAGUGAUAUUACAAGGAACAUACAGUGAAAACCCCUACAACAAAAGCGCAGUUUGGGAAGAGUAUGAAUUUUUCUGCAAGCCUGGGAACGUCUUUCACCGUCCUUGUCUCAUCACACCUUACCACUACAGGCUUGACUGGCUCAUGUGGUUUGCUGCAUUCCAGAGUUAUGAGCAGAAUCCAUGGCUUAUUCACCUCAUAGCCAAGUUGCUAGGAAACGAGAAAGAAGCUACUGCACUUAUUCGAAAGAACCCUUUUGCUCACAAAGACCCCCCAAGGUUCAUCAGGGCAGAGCAUUACCGGUAUCAGUAUGCUCGCUUUGGAAGUCCCGAGGCAAGAGCAGGCCAGUGGUGGAUACGAGAGCGACUGGGCAGUUAUAUGCCUCCUGUCUCAAGGUCUGACCUGUUGCCUAUUCUGCAGAAGUUUGGCUGGUCCAGCAUUUGAAGAUUGCACCACGAGCUGCUGACACUACCGCUCCCCUACCUUCAACGUGCCAAACUCAGUGCUGAUUGCUUCUUCUAGGAUGUGUGUGCAUCAAUACUCAAUGUGUUUUUUUAUUUUCUGAAUUAUAACAGUAAACAUUGCGUUUUUCUUUCGAAA